AUCUAAAUUUUAUCACUCUAUCAAAUUCAAUUUUCUUACAUUCUAUACAAUAAUAACUACUACUAUUACAAUAAUAAAUAAUGUCGUCAUAUACAUCAGAAAAUUCAGAAGAAUUAAAAGAAUUAGAUUGGAUUCGUGUACAAACUAAAUUGAAUGAUGAUUAUAAAAUUGAAUCAUUAAAAGAAAGAAUGAUACGUAAAGUAAAAGAAAAUCCUAUAAUACCUUUUGGUAUUUUAGCAACUACAAGUGCUCUUUCUUAUGGUUUGUACUCUUUUUAUAUGGGAAAUACUAAAAUGUCUCAAUUAAUGAUGCGUACUCGAGUUGGAGCACAAAGUUUCACUCUUUUAGCUAUCCUUGGUGGUUGGCUUAUUAUAGGAAAAAAAAAUAAUUAAUAUAUUGUCAUUUAUUUAUUUAUUUAAUGAUUAUUAAUUAAAUAAUCAAGUAUAAAUUAAAUUUUAUUGAAUGAUAAAUAUCAUUA